AUGUCCAUCAAGAACUCUAUAUCAAAACACUGGACCCUUUGCAUAAGGAGCGUCACUCAAGCCCCUUGGUCCUACUUUUAUUCACACCAUUCACCACACGCCACGUACCCGCAACAAUUAAGUCCUCGAACAUUGCCAGGUGAUGUGAGUCUUGGCAGCGUUGACUUCGAAGGAACCUUUACGAUUGAGAGCACUGAUGAUGACUUCGUUGGAUUUGCUUUCAGUUUCCAAGAAAACCGCAAGUUCUACAUGGUGAAUUUUAAACAGGAAGCUCAGCAGUUGAGCUCGACUGCGAUCAGCGAUCAGGGUCUUCAUCUCAAGCUCGUCGACUCUGCUACAGGACCAGGAGGGAACGAUCUUCAGUAUGCGAUCUAUAACACCGCGAGUGUCGCAAAUCAAGUCACUCUCCUCUGGCAAGACGCGAGCGUAACGUGGAAGCCCAACACGUUCUACCACUGGAAGGUGAUCCAUCGGCCCAAAAUAGGGCUCCUGCGGCUCACCAUGUACGAGAAUGGCAAGUUCUUAAGCGACUCCGGCAACGUCUACGACUCCCGGCUCAAGGGCGGUCGGCUCGGGGCGCUCAGCAACUCGCAGAGGAGGAUUCUGUGGGUCUACAUGAAGUACAGCUGCAACGAAAAAGUGCCUCAGGCUGUAUACAACGACCUGCCACCAGCUCUCCAGGCCCAAGUGGAGAUCGACGAUGGAAGCUAUCAACCCACUGGAAUAUAAAACCCACCGGAUUGUGCAGGAGUAGGUGUUCGAAUCUGGGUCUGUAUUAGUUUGAUUCCUAAAUUUCCCUAAGGGGGGGCGUCACCUCCCUUAAAGAAAAAAAAGAGGUAAUUUACUUUCUUCAUGCACAGUUAUAAACUACUAAGUGGACUGUAUACUGAACUAAUUACAAGAGCAAACUAAGGCAUAGCGGUAUGGAAUGAAGGUCGUGUGUGUAAGUCGAAAUACUCAAUACUACGCUCUCUUUCCUCCAAAUAGCUUGACGAGCUUGAAAACCUGAUAUGGCACUUGGAACACAGGUGCGCAGAACAUAAUAAAUUUGAAAAGAACGAUACGCUUAGUAUUAAUGUGGAGUAUCCACAUUAAUAGAGCAUUUGUGUUUACAUUCUACACUAUAUUUCCUACGAGAGGAAAAUGUAUAAUGUUAAAUGAUUUAACAUAUGAUGCAAAUCAAAUCUUCAUUUGAUAUCCUGAUAUUUACCCUUGAAUCUGUUACACUAAUUUCAUCAUGGUAACCAAACAAACUUUGUGAAACAGAAUGGUGUAUGAUUUAGAAAUUUGGAAACCGUAUGAUGGAAGAUUCAUACUUAACAAGUUAUAACCGAAACGAGGGAAAUAACACAAAAUGCUAUGUCUUUUCGCUGCAGAUUUGAUUAAAAGAUAUGGA